AUGCCGGGCGCCGCCGCCCCGCUCCCCCGCCCGGCGGGCCGCGCCCGGGCCGCACCCCAGGAGCGGCGGCGCAGGGUGGCCCCGCUGGCCGCGGCCCUGCCGGCCCGGGCGGGGGACGAGCCGCUCCUCAGGGGCAUCUUCGAGAUCGGCAAGAGGAGCUGCGACGUGGUUCUGAGCGCCCGGCGGCUCCGCUGGAGCCCCAUCCUGCCCGAGAGCCCCACAGGUGAUUCCAGUGUGGCUUUACAGGCUCAAGAAGAGAUUAUUGAAAUGAAGGAUGUAUUUUCAGUAAAACUGAAACGUCGUCGUUUCGCAGGGCAGCAAAAAGGUGGCACUUUGUUGGGUAUCACAAUUUUUAAAUGCUUGAAUAAAGAAGAGAACAAACUUACAGACUGUGCUAUCCAUUUAAAUAACUUAAGUGAAGAUCAUUGUCAGUUGUGGUUUAGACAUCUGAAGGAAAUUUUAAAUGGUUUUCAAAAUAGACCAAAAUCCUUGAAAGUGUUUGUUAAUCCAAGCAGCCACAAAAGAGAAGCCACUAACAUUUAUUAUGAAAAAGUUGCACCUCUUUUUAAACUUGCUGACAUAAAAACUGAUGUCACAGUAACUGAAUAUGAAGGACAUGCUCUCUCAGUACUUAAAGAAUGUGAACUGCAGGCAUUUGAUGGGGUGGUUUGUGUUGGUGGAGAUGGAUCUGUCAGUGAAGUUGCUCACGGGCUACUGCUCAGAGCCCAGAUAGAUGCUGGGAAAGACACAGAAUAUGUGUCAAAGCCUGUCAGAGCACCAGUUCCUCUUGGAGUAAUACCAGCAGGUACUACAAAUAUUUUGGCCCAUACUCUCUAUGGUAUUAAACAUGCAGUGACUGCAGCACUGCACAUUGUAAUGGGACACAUCCAAGCAGUAGAUGUGUGUACCUUCAGCACUGGGAGGAGGCUGCUGCGCUUUGGGUUCUCGGCCAUGUUUGGGUUUGGGGCGAGGACGCUGGCUUUGGCAGAGAGGCACCGCUGGAUGCCCUCCAGCCAAAGGAAGGAUUUUGCUUUCAUCAAAACCCUGGCAGAUCUCAGGCCAGAGGAAUGUGAAUUAUCAUUUCUCCCUCUACAAAUUCCACAGGAAGACACUGAUGAGAAGGACAGAAAGAGGAAAGAGAGAACGAAAAAAGGUAGCAAGGAUCAAUGGCAGAAAAUUCAGGGUCACUUCCUGAAUGUGAGCAUUAUGGCAAUCCCUUGUCUGUGUUCAAUGGCACCAAGAGGCUUGGCACCUAAUACGAGGCUGAACAAUGGAAGUAUGGCUCUUAUUGUGGUACAAAAUACUUCUCGAACAGAGUUUAUAAAGCAUCUGAAAAGAUACACCACUGCAAAAAAUCAGUUCAAUUUUCCCUUUGUUGAGACCUACACAGUUCAAGAAGUAAAAGUACAACCAAGGCUUAAAAGUGGCCCUGAUGCCAAGGAAAAUGUGUGUCUGAAUGCAGAAGGAAACUACCCUUGGAAUAUAGAUGGAGACUUAAUGAAGGAAGCAUCAGAGGUUCAUGUCCGGGUGCAUCCUCAACUUAUUGAUCUCUAUGGAGUGAAUACUGAUGACCUGGAGAGUUCCCAAGUGACGUGCAACUGCAUAUAG